CUUGAAUUUGUAUAAGGUGGCGCUGCUGAUUAAUUCCCUAAUACCAUUGGUUGGUCACUUCUCAGAAGCAAAACAUUCCUGCUUGGGCUUAACCAGGCUUUUUUCUUUCGAUCAACAUUAAUUCAGUCAACACUUUGAUGGGCCUAAUGUCCCCCCCACCGCCUUCAUGAUAACUUUCAGGGGUUUACUCCUAACCUUAAGUCAAGUUUUUUCGUUAAAAAUAAUUUAUCUUGGCUUGGCGCCCCUCUCAUCUCCUACGGUGGCGCCCCUGGCUGUAAAAAGCUUAACUUUGGCCAAUUUAAGGACAGGACCAUUUUUUAAAAUCAACCAGCCACCUGCUAUUCAGUACUCGGCGGGCCUUCAACACAGGACCUGUCGUACCAGAUUGAAGGACCUAGUAAAUUUUAAUUUCAAAGAGACCUUCACAAAGGAAAACUUGAAGAGAAACAGUUACUUGAAAACAGUCUCCUCAGUGAGAUGAAACCAGAGAUUGCGGCUGCUGCGGAAUUCCUAUCACGGAUUUUCCUUGCGCAUGAUAAUAUUACAAAAGAGAAGGUGAGCGAGUUCAAACAACAUCUGUCUGAAAUUUUAGAAGAGAGGUUUCGAGAUCAUUGGCAUGAGACUUGCCCUACUAAAGGCCAAGCCUAUCGCUGUAUUCGUGUCUGCCCAGAUGAGCCUCUGGAUCCAGUUCUAGAGAAGGUUUGUGCUGAGGUGGGAAUAAAUGCAGGCGACUUUAAUCUCCCCUUUGAGUUGACGCUGUGGGUAGAUCCAACAGAAGUUGUGUGCAAAUUUGGAGAUCUGAAGUGUUCAUAUCACACUGUUGCUAAGAAGGACAUCACCUCUGGAAGUCUAGACAAUCAAGCCCAGCACCUUGACAUUGAUGACAUUGUGGAGAAUGCUAGAGACCUGUACCUGAAAAAACAGACGGUGAUCAUCCACCCGGUACACUCCACAGAGAUGCACAUCUCUAACCCAUACUCGGACGGUUCCAACAAUUUAAUCACCAUGGCGAUAAGGAUUAACGGGACCAUGCAUUACAAUGCCUCUGGUUCACCCCCACCUGGCUAUGAUGGAUCUCCGCGUGGUAAAGGGAAGCCUACUCACACUGGUCAUCACAAGCGUGGUGGUGGUGGUGGCUACCACUAUUAUGGCAAAAGUUCAGGAGGAAAGGGCACUUAUCUAUCAAAUGGAACCAUCAACACUGGCGGGACCCAUAUUACUUCGGCACACCACGGCUAUCAACACCAUCGCAACCAUAACCACCAUCAUCCCCAUCACCACCAUGGCAGCAAUGGUCAGCAUGCUCAGACCAUGACCUCUGCAUAUAGCAAUGGCUACCUGAAUGGUUAUGGGGAUGAAAACGGCUAUGGUUAUGACCACCAAGCUGGCUCACCCACUAAGAUGAUGGGCAUGAGUGGUAUGCCACAGAUGAGCAGUACUGGAGGGCCAGGGCAGAUUACUCAAAGCUCUCCCACCCCAGAGCAAAUUCAGCAACAGAUGCAGCAUCCACCCCCUUUGCCACCUCACAUUCAUCAAGCGUUUGGCCAUCCUCCGGCGGAUACCUCCACUCUUCCUCCCCCUCCUUCAACCCUCCCCCAGCAGCAGUCAUCCUCCUCCACAGCCGUCUCGACCACCUCCAGCAGUGGCAACAUCAGCAGUGUUUCUGGCUCUGGUAAACCAAGCACCAAUGGCAGCAACUCCUCCAAGUAUCAGGGCAAUCGAGGGAAUGUAAGCUCUAGGAACAAACAGUCGAGUCCAGUGAAGGAGGUCAAGUGAGGCUUCGCUGAUUUGGUGAGCCCAUGUCUUCUCCUUUGCUUGACCCACUCACUCGUAUGUAUAUAUCUGAUGAUUGGAAUCAACACCCCCCCCCCCCCCCCCCCCCCAUGUUCUCAUCACAACAGAAAUUUGUAAAGUCCUGGACAGUGUUCGAAGCUAAUGAUGCUGUUCUUAACUUUCAGUGAAACUUGAUUACUGUCAAGAAGUAAUGGAUUUGUCUUAAUGAAGUAUACUUCAUCAAAGUUAUUAGAAAUUUUUAACCUUACCUUUCCCUCUUGAUUUUAACAGAAAAUAGCUAUUGUUAAGAAAACAAAAAUAAGCCGCCCUUUAUAAUAAUAUUCUGAAAAGAAA